AUGGAGGACCUGUCGAUAUAUUCCCAGGCCGACCUACUCUACACGCAGGAAUCAUUCUCAAGGUAUCGACCUGGCGGGUAUCAUCCAGUCAACCUUGGGGAUACCUUCAAAGACAACCGCUAUGAAGUACAUCACAAGCUAGGAUGGGGGGAGUUUUCUACUGUAUGGCUUGCAUAUGACAAAGAACAAAAAAUAUGGGUGUCACUCAAAAUCAAGACCGCAGAUAGCUCAUUAGAAUCUCGAGAACAUGAUUGCAUGCAAGUUCUGCAAAAGAACUGUCAAGGGAACUUGUCCUCCAAAUAUAUUGUUCAACUACUUGACUUCUUCCUCCACCAUGGGCCUAACGGAACCCACCAGUGCCUUGUAUUUGAGCUACUUGGCCCUCCUGUGCAUAAAGUUCUCCGGGAGUACGACGACUCUCAAGAACGACUGGAGACUGAUAUCAUCUUACGAAUGUCGAGACAGCUGCUUGAGAGUAUUGACUUCAUUCACAGUGUUGGUAUCGGGCAUGGAGAUAUAAGCAGUAGAAACAUGGUCUUCAGCUGUAAUAAUUUGUCAACUGUCACACAGGAAUAUCUGUUUCAAGUUCUUGGUGCUCCGGUGUCCGAGCAGUUGACUCGUCUUGAUGGUGGCCAGCUUUCCGAAGGCUUACCAAAAAGCCUGGUGAAGGCGGCCGAAUGGAUCGGCUGGAUAGAUGAAGAUGAAGAUCUGCGGCUAUUUGACUUUGGAGAUAGUCUAUUUCAAGGAAAGGAGCCUGCUAAACCUGCGCACCUAGGUUCAUUACGUGCGCCAGAGACAAUUUUUGAAAAGUCCUUUGACUAUAGGAUUGACCUAUGGCAUGCAGGCUGUAUGAUUUAUUCUUUCAUAUUCGGAUCAGUCCCAUUCUGGUACCUAGGUGACGAUGAGCUCCUGGUGACAAAGAUGAUAGAUUUGCUAGGCAAACUACCGUCGGAAUGGCAACCACAGUGGGGGUGGAUGAAGAAAGAGUCCAAGUCCGAACUGGAUUUGAAUGAAGAUCGUCAACCUACAUUGUUGACACGAAAAUUCAACGAGACAGUGCUCAAUCCGAAACUUAGAAUCCUACGUACUGUGAUAGAACAACUGAUGGAAUUUUUACCAUCCAACCGUGCUGCAGCGUCUGCAGUUUUGAGCUUGAUGAGCUCGAACGUCGGGCAAAUCCCUGAUUCUGAUAGCGGUUUUAAAUUAACAUGUGUGGCUCUUUACAACGCCUCAGAAAUAUCUGAAACUCCGUCCGUGAAAAGUGGUUUACCGAACAAUUUGCAUACAAUAGGCCCCAAUUAUUUCAAGAGUGCAGAAUGGACUCCAGAUGGGACAUCGGUAAUAACUAUGUCCGCGGAUAAUCAUAUCAGAACAUUUAUACUACCGCCGGACCUUCUUGAGCAAAGAGAGACCCCGCUAGAUUUGAAGCCAUAUUCAACACUUCCUUCUAUGGAACCAGUACAUACAACUGCAAUAUAUCCGUUCUUCAAUCUUCAAGACCCCUCAACUACAUUGAUCCUAUCAUCAGUUCGGGAUCACCCCAUAAGACUUUCAUCAGCAUUGUCGCCUCAAAACUUGGGCACAUACUCUUUGAUAAACCCGUCAACCGAAGCGUUUAUUGCACCUCAUUCAAUUCUAUAUCCCUCGCAUCUCGGCGGUUCUCAAUUCAUUACCGGCUCUGAUUCUUUGAUAUGCAUUUUCGAUGUUUCACGUACAGGAAAUAACGGACCUGUCAGCCGUUUACCUACUAUUCCAAGUAAACGAAAGCAGAUCGUUGGCGGCGGUGUCGGAAUGAAGGGAAUUGUAUCUGCACUUGCUAUGAAUCCUGCCCAAGAUGGAAUACUAGCUGCAGGCACUUUUACAAGAAACAUUGCUCUGUACGGUGCUAGAGGAAGUGGCGAGCUCAUUGGAACAUUCAGCAUUGCCAAGACGGAAGCUGAUAGCCAUAUAGGAGGCACAGGGAUCACACAGCUGUUGUGGAGUCCUUGUGGGAGAUACCUCUACGUGGUUGAACGCAAGAGUCAAGGCACGCUAGUUUACGACAUUCGUGUCACCGGUCAGUUGCUAGGCUGGCUUGAGGGACGAGAGGCUAUGAGUAACCAGCGGAUGAAUGUAGAUGUGAUUGCCGCAGACGGCGAGGAUUCUCAUGAGGUAUGGGCAGGUGGAACAGAUGGCAUAGUAAGGAUGUGGAAGAAUCCUCAUACCACGGUUGGUGGGCACCAACCCGAUUUUUCAUCCAAGAUUCAUGAUGACCCCAUCACCAGUUCGGUGUUUCAUCCAGGUGGGAGUGUAUUAGCAACCUGCUCUGGACAGAAACGAUUCCCUGAAUAUGAUGUCGAUGAUAUUGGAAAGGUUCAACCAAAGUCAGAAAUAAGGGGUGAUGAUAGCUUAAAGAUUUGGGCUCUUUGA